AUGCCGCCUGUACUUCCUGUGGCGUUUUUACAAGUGCUAUCCGCAGUUGUUCCCUUGAUUUUGCUGCUUACCGGUACGUGGUCGGGGUUGAUGGACGAUUCCUUGGCAAAUACAGAGGCAAAAGACAGUGAUCCUGAUUGUACUAUACCGGAAACCAAGGUGGAAGAUGUUGAGUUAUCCACCAGUGAUAAUCCAUCUGCUGAUGGGCAUUCGGAGGACGUAGAUAUACCAACAACGGUUUCGGAAUGCAUGGUGACGAAUGUGGAAAACCAGGCGGAUUGUGACGCAGAUUUGGCUGCUGCUUCAGAGUUUGAUGCCGAUGCUGACAAUGAUGAGAAUGAAGGCGACGAUGACAUUGUAAAUGUUAUUAUUAAACCCAGUGGCAAAGGUGGAAUUUACAAAACGGGUGCUACCUACCAAGCACGUUCAGUUUCUCACACAGUGCAGCGUAAGUGA